AUGACGGAAGAACUGCUUGAUGAUCUUAUUGCUUGGUUGGCAUCAUUAAGCACGGAAAUUCAAUUCAGCAAAGAAACAGUUUUUAUUGGACGAUGUAUCGCCGAAAUUCUUCAUAAAAUUGAUCCAUUUUUUUUCGAUAGUUCUUGGCUUGAAAAAAUAGCUUCUUAUGAACCAACGGCUAAUUGGCGUGUUAGAGCCAAUAAUUUACGUAAAGUUUAUCGACGUUUGGAUGAAUUUUAUAAAGAACGACUUUCGAUCGAACUUAAAGAUCAGUGGAAUAUUGAUAUUUCACAAAUGGUUGAAAAUGAUGAUUAUAAUCUUUUAUAUCGACUUCUUCAACUAGUGUUAGCUGCUGCACUACUUGGUCCAAAUAAUAGAGAUUUUGUCUCAAUGUUUGUGAAUCAGUCUCAUUCAUUGGUAGAAAUGGCUAUGAAAUUAGUUGAAGAAUUUAAAUUGAUUCAGCCUGUGACUUCGGAAUAUGACUCAAAUACUAUAUCACCAAUUGAAGUUCAGUGCUCUCCACCAACAUCUAAUGGUACAGACGCACUUGUGCAAACUAUAGAGCAGCUGCGAGAAGAUCAUAAUCAACAACAGGAACAGAUAAGUCAAUUGAAAUCUGAAAAUGAACUUUUGCUUCGUGAAAACGAUAAUUUAAAAAAUCGUAUUGAUGAAUUGUCUGAUAGUGGCACUGAAGCAGAAUCAUUAAAACGACGCUUAAGAUCCGUACAAGCGAUCAAAGAAAGCACACAAGAAUCGCUUUAUAAAUUGGAAGCAGAAAGAGAUCAUUUAAAAGAAUCGUUAGAACAAAUAGUUGCAGAAAAUACGGAACUUAGAACAAAAAUUCGUGAGAUGGAACCAUAUGAAGAAGAAAAUCGUCGUUUAAAAGAUGAACUGGAAGAAUUUCGCUUACAUUCACAGGAGUCUGCAGCAAUAAAUGCGCAAAUUGAAUCUUACAAGAACAAAAUUAAGGAAUAUAGCUCACAAAAAUUAGAAAUAAAAGUAUUGGAAGAAAAGGUGGCGACUUAUAUGAAAAGUGUGAUUGCGUUGGAAGAUGAGCAAAUGAAAAAUGGCGUAUUGAAAACUCGUAUAGAAUCGUUACGACUGGAAAACGAUGAAUUAAAUAACAAAUUACGCGAAGAAAUUCGUCGUGGUGAUAAGGCCGAGUUUGAAUGCAAACGAUUGUCUGAGAAAGUAACAGAAAUUACAAAUGAAAGAGACAGUAUACGUGUGGAACAUCGUGAAAUGAAAGAAAAGAUGCUUCUUGACAGUGGUGGGAUUUCUAAUAUUUUAUUUUAUAAUACCCAUGGAGAAAUCACAGCUAAUGCAAUGUCGAGCGUUCCAUCAAUCCAUGAAGAAACACUAGAAGCAAUAGAAUCCUCGUCAAUGUUGAAAGAUCGAAUCACGAAAUUAGAAAUUGAAAACGAUCGUUUACGCCAAUUGGUUUGCGAUAAAACCAAAAUCGAUUUGCUGAAAGAGGAACUUGAGGCUGUUACUGCUCAAAAAAUCGAACUUGAAACGGAGCUUCGUCUUUGUUAUCUGAAAAAUGUGGAAAUUGAAACUAGACUUAAUGAAGCUAAUGAAAUUCUUUCUUCGGCCACUUUUGUUAAUGACAAUAAACGAGCAGAGCAACAAGAAAAUAAUGAAAAGCUUGGUGUACUCGUCGCACAUUUGCAAGCUCAACUUAAUCAAGCGAAUCGUGAUUUAGAAUCAUCUGUAGCAGAUAAGAAAGAAUUAACAAGCCGUAUUGAGGCAUUAGAGCUAGAACUGCAAGACGAAAAAUCGAAAUUGAAGCGAUAUAUGGAGAAAGCUAGGCGAGUUAUUGUUGAUCUAGAAGAACAAAGUCGAGCGGUGGAGAGUGGAGCUUUAAGUAGGCAUGAAUUCGAUUCGAUUCGAAAAGAACGAGAUGCUUAUAAGCAAAAUAUUGAAACAAUGAAGGAAACCCUGGAAAGAAGUCGUAUUAUGCAAGAAGAGGAACAGCGUCUUAUAACUACGCAUGCGUAUCAUAUGAUGAUGCGACUUCAACGUGAGAAUUUACCAGAUAAUGAUGAUGCUGAACGCAAUGGUUCAACGUCUAUUCAAAAAACUUUCUUUAAUCGACUGCCAUGCUCGGGCUUGGACUUAUCAAGGUGA